AUGGGCUCCAUCGAAGAUAUCCAAAGAUUGUCUCUCAACGGCAGUGCUAACGGCACCAAUGGCAAGCACAUCAACGAGCUCGACGCGCUGAUAGUUGGCGCAGGUUUCUGCGGUGUAUACCAGCUGAAGAUACUCCGCGACGCAGGCUAUAACGUCAAGCUCGUCGAGCACGGAUCCGAUUACGGCGGUGUAUGGUACUGGAAUCGUUACCCAGGCGUUCGUGUCGACAGCUCCAUCCCCCAUUAUGAAUUCUCCGACCCAGCGCUUUGGAAGGAUUGGACAUGGAAGCAGAGGUUCCCAGCUGGCUCGGAGCUUUGCGCUUACUUUGCUCAUGUGGCGAAGGUGUGGGAUCUGCGGAAGGAUACCAAGUUCAACACCUUCGUUUCGUCUGCGACAUGGAGUGAUGACGAAGCGAGAUGGACGGUGAAGACGAGGGCGGGCGAGAUAUACAAAGUGAAGUUUCUGUUGUUGAACACCGGCUUCGCGGCGAAGCGGCACAUUCCCGAUUGGAAAGGCAUCGAUUCUUCCAAAGGCACCUUCCUCCAUCCCUCAUUUUGGCCUCAUGAAGAACCUGAUCUGCGCGGCAAGAAGGUGGCCGUUAUUGGAACAGGCGCUACUGGCAUCCAGAUAGCGCAGGAGUUGAUCGACUAUGACCUUCCGCAACAAGCGAUUUCCAAGCUUGAGUAUCCAGACUUCUUCGGAGGGUUGAAAACCCGCUUCUCAGGCUUCUCAUUUGAGUUCAUUCCCCGCUCUACAUUCGACGAUACGCUAGAGCAGAGAACGAAGGUUUACGAAGACUUGUGGAACGAAGGCGAUUUCAAGUUCUGGCUUGCGGCUUAUCAAGACAUGCUCUUUAGCAAAGAAGCCAACCGCGAAGCAUACAACUUUUGGCGGGACAAGACGCGAGCGAAGAUCGGUGACAACAGAGUCGCAGAUAUACUCGCUCCCAUGGAACAACCCUAUUCCUUCGGUUGCAAACGUAUCGCGCUGGAGAAUGGAUACUUCGAGAUGUACAACAAGCCCAACGUCUCUCUUGUUGACGUCAGCGAGAAGGGUACGCCGAUCCAAGAGAUUACCGAAAGAGGUAUCAGGACCGCCGAGAAGGAACACGAAUUCGACUACAUCAUCAGCGCGACCGGUUACGAUGCCAUUACCGGUGGUCUGAAACAAAUCGAUAUCCGCGGUCCGUCAGGCGAGAGCUUGAGCGAGCAUUGGAAGGAUGGCGUAAAGACGUAUCUCGGCAUGGCGGUAGCAGGUUUCCCGAACAUGUUCUUCACCUACGGACCUCAGGCGCCGACUGCGCUAUGCAAUGGUCCUACAUGCGCUGAGCUGCAAGGCGACUGGAUCUUGCAAAUGAUGGACCGUAUGAAGGAGAAGUCGCUUCGUAAGAUUGUAGCGCAGAAGGAGAGUGAAGAUCAGUGGAAAGAGCUCAUAUGGAAGCUUGCAAAUGCGUCGCUGUUGCCCAGUGUAGAUUCUUGGUAUAUGGGUACCAAUAUCCCUGGAAAGCCUCGGGAGCCUUUGAUGUACAUUGGAGGUGUGCCAACUUAUUACAAGACGAUCAAUGAGACGGCGGAGAACGGAUAUACUGGGUUCGAUCUGUCGUGA